AUGGAGUCGUUCGUCAUCAAGACGCCGUGUUCGAGCGCCAACAUCGGCCCCGGCUUCGACGUUAUCGGCCUCGCCCUCAGCGUCUACCUCGAGCUGCACGUCACCAUCGACCGCUCCAAGGGCGGCGCGUCUGGCCACCCGCUCAACUGCCGCCUGACGUACGAGGGCCAGGGUCGGGGGUCCGACGACAUCAGCCUCGACCCGCAGAGCAACCUCAUCACCAGAGUCGCCCUCUACGUCCUGCGCUGCCACGACCAACGCGCCUUUCCGCCCGAGACCCAUGUCCACAUCAAGAAUCCAAUCCCUCUUGGCCGCGGCCUCGGCAGCUCGGGUGCCGCCGUCGUGGCUGGCGUCCUGCUGGGGAAGGAGGCUGGCGGCCUGCACCAUCUCGACCUCGACCGACUCUUUGACUACUGCCUCAUGAUUGAGCGCCACCCUGACAACGUGGGCGCCGCCCUCUUCGGCGGCUUCGUCGGAACGUACCUCAUGCCCCUGCGGCCCGAAGACCUCGCCCGCACCGAGAUCCCCCUGAGCGAGGUGCUUCCCUCACCGGCGGGCGGAGUCGACACGGGCGAGAAGCCCCCGACUCCGCCCCGCGGCAUUGGUCACCACAUCCGGUUCCGCUGGGCCGAGGAGAUCAAAGCCGUGGCCAUUAUUCCCGACUUUGUCGUCCCCACACACGAAGCCCGAGCAGUGCUGCCGGACAAGUAUGCUCGGCAGGACGUGACAUUCAACCUGCAGCGUAUAGCCCUGCUCCCCGUGGCCCUGGGUCAGUCCCCUCCCAACCCCGAGCUCAUCCACCUCGCCAUGCAGGACAAGAUCCACCAGCCGUACCGCCAAGUGCUCAUUCCCGGGCUCACCGAGGUGGUCGAGUCCAUAUCGCCCAAGAGCCAGCCCGGCUUCCUCGGCGUCUGCCUCUCGGGGGCUGGCCCCACCAUCCUGGCGCUGGCCACGAGCCACUUUGAGGAAAUUGCGAGCCGAAUCAUCGACACCUUGCGGCAGCACAACGAAAACAAUGAGCUGGCCUGCGAGUGGAAGGUCCUGGAGCCGGCCGAGGGCUCUCACGUUGUGCGAUAG